ACCUCUUAUGCACUUGUUAAUUUUAAAAUCAUAAUGAAACAGUUAGUAGAUGUCAAUAUGCCGGCUUCUUGUUUAAUGCAUAUUGAAUAAGUCUGAUCUAUCUUUGAGAGCAUGUCACCCAUUUAUUUUACUUCUAAAACACUCCGCGACCGAACUAGUUAACUGAGCUCAUCUUUGCUUUGAGUUACGUAGAUUAUUCAUGUCCUAGAAGAAUUUAUCGCGCGCACAGUUUAUAGUGUUCAAGUUCUCGACCGCCUGUCCUACGACCCCGCGUCACCCCGCUUGUUACAAGACCCUCUCAUUUGCCCGCUGCUUCUAGCGGGGAAAAAGGUCACAGCCAUAUCAUCUUCCGAACCGCGAAGGAGUGCUAGAUGCAGCUGGGUGUUUAAGCGUUGGCGGGCUACUUGUUUCUCUACUCAACUAGCGUAUCUCACCUAGUCAACGACAAAGCACAGACCUGGACAGUCGUUAUUAUUGUCCUCUUAGAAGCAAACACUAGGAUAAUUGCUCGCGGAGUCAAAAACCGACUGGGUAUACGCGACCAUCACCGUUGACCGACCGAAACGCGUGGUAACGCACGACGCCCAGAAAGACUUGCGACUGCUAAAACCUCAUUGUCAAUGGUCGAUCGAUUAGUACUCAAUUCUACGUAGUGUGUCGGCGUGUGUAGCCGACGUGUGAACAAGGCAGGGAAGUUAUUGCUGGCGUGUGCAGUGUUUAAUUUGAAUGCGACAAAAGGUAACAAACAAAAACUUGCUUCUUAGCGAGUAGUUGCUCCUUGCUUUAACGAGACUUGUCGUUUAACCUGUUGUUUGUGAUAGCAUUGAGGAAGAUCUGCCGAGCAGGUGCAGAGACGAGUGAAGAAACGAGACGUUAUUGCGUGUAAUUUGGUAUAUCUUCGGAUUGAUUGCGUUGUCGGGGUAUGGGUAUGCCGUUCUUUUGUGCUGUGUAGUUGCGCUUAUUCUGUCGCGUCAGUCGAGUUAGUGAAAAAGGCCUGUAUCACAAAGCUGACGCAGCGAUUAGAAAUAUACGAAAUAAAAACGUAUGCGCGAUAGCCGGCAGCGAAAACGGCAGAACAAGCUCUGAGAGAAACAAAAACUCCAUACGCAUGUGCGCCCUGCCUAACAGCAACAACCAGCAAGACCCUUCGCUACCGGCUGAUCGGCUACAACGGGAUAACCCAGGAGAUAGGUCCGCUGCUUCCUCAAAUACUGGUACACGAGCAUCCAACCAGAUGAUGUCGGCACCGUACAGCUCACCAACAAUUAUACAAUGUACAGGAAAAGCAUUUCCACCGAGACUAUCGGGUCAUCGUGUUGUCUGCACUGAUCAAUGUCUGUAUUCGUUCGGAGGAUACGCACCGCAGGAUAUCGGUGAGACUAGGCUUGUCACGGAACUCUGGAGAUUCCAUUUCUUCCGCAAGGCAUGGACAAAAGUACCUCUUAAAGGAGAUGUCCCAAAGGAAGUGGCGUCCAGUGCAGCGACACUACUUAACAACAAAAUUCUGCUUUUGGUGGGCGGCACGGGAAUACCGUUUGGACAGAUACGAAGUCGUGACGUCUAUGCUUGCUGUUUGGAUGAUAUAGAUAAAGACGGGGCUGUGACUUGGGUACGAUGGAAAACCUACGGAGAGAUUCCCGAAGGAUUGUAUGGACAGGCUAUCACAGUGCACGGCGAUUACCUUUACGCAGUGGGCGGUACCGACGGUCAGGUGUAUUCCAUUGAUGUGCACAGAUUAGAUUUGCGAACGCGGCAAUGGCAGCGUCUCAGCGAUGAUCUGAAUGAGGAUUCCAUUCCAGCGAGGUACCGACAUGAGAUUGCUAUAUACGAUGACAAGAUCUACGUAUUUGGCGGAGGCACGCCGUCUUUUGUCUACGGAUUUAGUGAGAUGCCGACUUUCGACUUGAAGACUUUAAAAUGGAGCUACCAGCAAACAGAGCCUUACUUAGGUUUCGAUAACACCGAAGGUCCGGAACGACCUUUGCCUAGGCGUUGUCACAGUGCUGUGCAGCAAGCUUGUGGCGAGUGGGUUGUGGUUACUGGUGGAGUGGACGAAAGAAAUCAGACCUUUGAUGACGUCUGGAAAUUGCACCUACCGACUUUGCGAUGGCAUCGGCUUAACUGUACACUUCCUAAACGAGUGUAUUUCCAUUCAGCCGCAAUCACAGCAACGGGUUGCAUGUACGUAUUUGGUGGUGUUGUCGAGAAUGGUGAGUUUCGAACAAAUGAUCUGUGUGCAAUGAACGUCGACGUCCCUACGCUCCAGGAGCUCGCGAUAGAGACUGCGGUGAGGACUCUUCCAGGCCUGAAACUCUCCUACGGAAAGCAGCUGAACGAGCUCCACAUACCACCCUUGCUUCAAAAGAAAUUCCUUGCCCAUUAGUAUUGACAUAAUAUAAAUAUUUAAUAUAAAUAAUAAUAUAUUAACGAAGGUUGAAUAUGUGCAAGACAAACGAUUUCCUCCUAGGUUUAUUGCAUUAGCCUUUAAAACUAAUUGGAAUUGCCCACGCUUCCAGCUGGCUUCCGGACUGCUCGACUGUUAUUGUUAAUUUAUCAGUGUCAGAGGCCGAAAAAGUAAAACAGUAAGAUCAGACAGGACUAGGUUCCACUGAAUGGAGCUGCUAUCAUUUUUACUCGACAUGAUAGAAAAGACAAAACGUGUGCGUGUGAUUGUGUACAGGCGAAAUCUUAGGACUAUAUGAUUUUAAACAAGUACUACGCAAUACAGCCACCACGUAUUGGUGGGUAAAACAAAGCUGAAACACAAAAAAAGAUGACCAGAUGUCCCGAAGACACACUCACGUUCAGUGGUAAAUGCCGAGUGAUACCUCUGUGGCAUGUGAGAAACUAUGAGCCUUCAGACAGACCUUGAGUGUGGCCAAUGCGUUCAUAGUAAGAAUGAUAUAUUCAACUCGUUUUCCUACGUAAAGGAGAACGGGCGAAUGGCCGUGAGCAAUCAUCUUCACAGUGGUUUUGGCACUAUGAUAAAAGAAAAGGUGGAGCAUGCAGGAAAAGAAAAUAAUCUAAUAAUAACCAGAAAAAAUUUGUGAUACGAUGCUGUAUAUCAUGUAUGCCUUUAUUUAUUUCAUGUAAAAGGAAAACAUAAAAAGCAUACAGCGACUGGAUAAAGUACAUCAUGUUCUA